AUUAAACCCCAGAAAAUAUUUCAAAAUGGAUAAUCCAAUAUUCAACUGCUCUAUCUGCUGCUACAAGUAUAAUGAGUUUGGCAGGAGGCCUAUCUCACUGCCUUGUGGGCACGCAUUCUGCCAAGAAUGCGUGUUCAAGCUUGCUCAGCAUAGCAUUGACGAUAGGAGCGUAGAGACCAACCCUACUAUUUCGAAUAUGGAAAGAGUGGUCAUAUGUCCCAGCGACCAGUCUACUCAUAAUGUAGUGGUUCAGAACUUGCCUCUCUGCUUUGCUAUUCUCCAGCACUUGCCUGGAGUUAAGGAGAGUAAGGAAUUCGGUGGCAUGUUUAAAGACAAAGCUCUCCCUGUUCCUAAUGAAAAGGUAGAUCUCGACUCUGUUCGAAAGGAAUUCAAAUUGAUAUUUAAAAAGGCAACUGAUGAAUACAAAAAGUGUAAAUUUUGGGAUGAGACUAUAAAGAAGGUGAGUAAGCGCAAUGAUGAGAACCUCCACGAACAGAUUACUAACAUAAAUAUCUGCUUUGACAACAUCGCUAUGUCUUUGAGUAAAUAAGAGGCAGGCUUUAAUAGCUGAACUUAGGUCAAAAUUUGAAGAAGAGAAAUCCAAUAUUGAUAAAGAAAAAUAUAAAAGAAAGAAGCGAUUUGACAAAAUUCAAGAGAUUUAUACAGACAUGAAAAGGGCAGACAAGAAGAUCCAUAGCAUGGACUACCAGAAGGUCUUUUGUGCUAUGAAAAGCAAUCAGCAACGCCUCAAUGCUAUCGAGGAGCACAAUCAGGAUUUCAACACCAAGGUCAUCCUCUUUGAUGAUAAUAUUAAGAUAAAGGAUUCUGGAGCUGUCUAUACCAAGAAUAAGGUCAUUACUGACGAAGGUAUUACACGAGAAGUUAGAGGCAAAUCUGCAGAUACUCGUAUGAGCAAAGAAACAUUUGAUGAAUUUGAGGAGUUUGCAAAGCAUCCUAAAUUUGAAUAUGAAGGUCCUAUAGCUCCCAAAAUUCCUAAAACCCGUAGAAAUCAAGACAUCGCGAGGGAGAGUAUCCAUAAAUCAACUUCCCCAAGAAUGAACAGGAACAGUACUGUUAAGAACAUGAACCUGAACUAUGUCAGUUCGAACAAGGUGAACCAAGAUGUUUCAUACAACCAAAAGAAAGUCCGAAAGGAAGGUGAGAAAUGUCAAAAAAAGGAUUCACUUCUUCGCAAGAAUACUUCAAAUUUCCCUAGUGCGAAGAACCAUCGAUCUAUGCUGAAGUUGCACGAGAAUGGAUUCAAGAAGGUCACAAGUUUCUUCGAGAGAGAUAAAUCUGCUUCAAAUCUUGUGAACAAGAAUCAGUUCAAUCUUGAUAAGACAGAUAACAUUCUUGAGAAGUAUAGUAAGAUGCCACUAGGAAAGAUCAUGGAAGUACCACAUACUGAGAGAAGUAAUUUAUGCAACUUUGAGCCACCAAAGAUCAAACCGUCGAAAUCCCGCUCAAGAUAUGACAACGAAGCGUCAAGCUCGAAUGAGAAGGACUACUCUCAACAGUACAAACGUAAGCAGGCUAAGAAAAAUGCAGCUAAGUACUCUGAGCAAAUGGUGAAGAGAUCUAAAGAAGAGGCUGAUAUCAUAAAAUCCUUAGCUAAAGAUGAGUUCAACCCGUUCCUAAUCCAUGGGCAUGGAGAGAUCAAAAUUAGCCAGGAGUACAGCGAGAAAGUGGUCAAUAAGAAGAUGUUCAGCCGUGUCGGAGGCCAUUUCAAUGACAAGCAGCUCGAGAAGUCAGGUACUUUUAAUGCAAAAGAGAGCUUAGCAAAUUUGAAAAAUGAUGGGAGUAAUAAAAUGAAACUCAAUGAUAACCCAAGUAUGUCAAACAGUGGGCACUGGAAAAACAACCCUAUGACAAAUGCUGAUCCAAGAAGAGCCGAGGGCAUCCUGGCUGGAAAUGAAGAGUACGGCACCAAAGUUGAGUUUGGGAGCCCCUCGAAGGAAGAAAUGGUUAGACUGAAAGAUGUAACAAAAGAUUACAAGAGUAGCCAGAUCAAUCCGAAAGGGAAAUUCAACAAAUAUACCUCAAAUAAAAAUAAUAAAGGAGGCCUAAGGAAGAUUAAAAAUGAGAAAAAGUAUAAGGAGAAUGAGCAUUUUCCUAAUGAGCUCAAUAAGAAAAAGUUAGAUGGGCAUAAGAUCAGACAGAAGAAGACCAAAUCUCGUCGACACAAGAGGAAGAAUCCUGAUCAAUCAUUUUAA